CUAACUAAACUCUCCUUCAUCGACUUCUCUGGUUUAUAGCCACGAGGUUUUUAGUAAUAUUUCAAUUUAUUAGUGAAUUAAUAAAAAGAUAACUCGUAUUCCUUAGAUAAAAUGCCACCGAGCAAUCCAUUGCCGCCAAAAGAGAAUGCUCUUUUCAAAAGAAUAUUGCGGUGUUACGAACAUAAACAAUACAAAAAUGGACUGAAAUUUGCUAAGCAGAUAUUAUCGAAUCCUAAAUUCGCCGAACAUGGAGAGACCCUGGCUAUGAAAGGUUUGACAUUAAAUUGUCUUGGUCGUAAAGAUGAAGCAUAUGAGUAUGUAAGAAGAGGUCUGCGCAAUGACCUGAAGUCUCCUGUGUGCUGGCAUGUUUACGGUCUCCUCCAGAGAUCCGAUAAGAAAUACGAUGAGGCAAUAAAAUGUUACCGCAAUGCAUUAAAAUGGGAAAAAGAGAAUAUACAAAUUCUUCGGGAUCUGUCCUUGCUCCAAAUUCAAAUGAGAGAUCUAGAAGGUUACAAAGACACUCGCUACCAGUUAUUCAUGUUACGACCAACACAAAGAGCAUCAUGGAUUGGCUUUGCCAUGAGCUAUCACCUUCUAGGUGACUAUGAAAUGGCAAACAGUAUAUUAGACGCCUUCCGAACCAACCAGAUGAAAGGUCCUUAUGACUAUGAACAUUCAGAGUUAUUAUUAUACCAGAAUAUGGUUUUAGCUGAGUCAGGACAGUACGAUAGAGCGUUACAACAUCUGCAAAAAUUCCAAAGUCAAAUUCUAGAUAAGUUAUCAAUUAAGGAAACCUCGGGCGAGUAUUAUUUGAAAUUGAAGAGGUUUAAAGAAGCGGAAGCAGUAUAUGAGGAUUUGCUCAAGCGGAAUCCGGAAAAUGUGAUGUAUUACCAGAAAUUAGUAGAAGCUAAACAGCUUAGUGAUCCGGACGAAAUUGUGGCCUUCUAUGAUGAAUAUAAAAAAGAGUAUCCCAAAGCAAUAGCGCCGCGGCGACUGCAACUGACGGAUGCGCGAGUGCCGUCGUUCGAGCGCCUCGCGGACGAGUACUUGAGGCAUGGACUGCAUAAAGGCAUCCCACCACUCUUUGUAGAUUUGAGGUCUUUAUACGCUGAUCAAAGUAAAGCAGACACAAUAGAAAAACUAAUACUACAGUAUAUGGAAAACUUAUCAAAAUCCGGUACAUUUAGUUCGAAACCUGACGAAGUGAAACAGCCAGCUAGCGCGUUACUAUGGGCGUAUUACUUUGCGGCACAACACUACGACUAUAAGAAAGACACAGACCGAGCCCUGCAUUAUAUAGAGGCUGCGAUAGAACAUACACCGACGUUGAUAGAACUGUUUAUUGUUAAAGGACGGAUAUAUAAGCAUGCCGGUGACCCAGUAUCGGCAUACAAAUGGUUAGAAGAAGCUCAAGCGAUGGACACUGCUGAUCGAUACGUAAAUAGCAAAUGCGCGCGUUACAUGUUACGCGCGGGGCACGUCAAACGAGCCGAGGAGAUGUGCUCUAAGUUUACUAGAGAAGGAGUGCCAGCAACAGAAAACUUGAACGAAAUGCAAUGCAUGUGGUUCCAAACGGAGGCGGCGGCCGCUUACCAACGCUUACAGCAGUGGGGAGAGGCUCUCAAAAAGGCACACGAAGUCGAUAGGCAUUUCUCAGAAAUAAUGGAGGACCAAUUCGACUUCCAUUCGUACUGCAUGCGAAAAAUGACGCUACGCUCCUACGUUGGCUUACUUCGGUUAGAGGACGUUUUACGCUCACAUCCGUUCUACUUCCGCUGCGCGCGCGUCGCGAUACAAGUGUACCUGCGGCUCUACGCGCAUCCCUUGCAAGACGUCCCACAGACUACAGAACCAGACACAGAGAAUCUCGCGCCAUCAGAACUGAAGAAACUCAGAAACAAACAGAGGAAAGCGAAACGCAAAGCCGAACAGGAAAGUGCGCUGGCAGCACAAGUUCAGGUAAAAUCAAAAGUCAAACGCGAACAGCAUCACAAAGCGAGACAGCAACAAGAGCAGGGCGACCCGGAAGCGCCACAGCUCGACGAGCUGAUCCCGGACAAACUUGCACGGGCGGAAGACCCGUUAGAGCAAGCACUAAAGUUCCUGCAACCGCUGCGGACGCUCGCCGCGGAUAGAAUAGACACACAUCUAAUGGCCUUCGAAAUAUACUUUAGGAAAGAAAAACCACUACUGAUGCUGCAGAGCAUAAAACGGGCGUGGAGGUUAGACAGUUCACACUCACACCUGCACGACUGCCUGCUACGCUUCCGCAGUUGGCUGGAUGACAAGCAAGCCGGCUUGCCGCCCAGCGUCGCUGUGGUCAUAGAGACUGAAAUGCGUCCGAUGUUCCAAGGGCGCUCAGCUCAGGCGAUGGCGGAAGAGUACAUGAAAGAGUCAUCGGAGAGAUCUCAGCUCGCGGCGCUGUGGGGCGCGCGCGCGAUGCGGCGCCUGCAGCCCGCGCGGGCGCCUGAAGCGCUCAAACUCGCCACUCGCCUCGAUCUGCCGGAGCUCUCCAUACAGGGUUGCGUCGAAGUUUUAGAAAGUCUCAGAGACGGCGACUUCGGGCCCUGCGAGAAAGAGACGGAGGAAUACAUCGAAGCGUGUCGCGUCAGGUUUCCCUACGCGAAUGCGUUCAAACCCCCCGCGGAACUAGUGCCUGAGAACCUCGUCACUGAGGAAACCCCCCUACAGCCUAAGGAGAUAGCGGUCAACAACUGAAGCCCUGAACAUGCCCCCCUCCAUACAUUUUCAAUAAUGUACAGUGACGGGCAAACAACUUGAAAAAUGCGCGGUAUAAUG